CUUAUCUCGAUGCCUGAUAAUUUUACGGGAGUAUCUUAUCCUGUUGUGUCCGAUUUUAGAAUAGAUUAAAAACGAAUUUUAUGUUUGACCAUUUAUGUGAAUUUUUGGAUUUUAUAAUUGUGUUGUGACUUUAAAUUCAUUUUGUGCGCGUCCUAUUGGAAUUGACUUUCGAGGCUAUCGGAGAGUAGCUUCGCUGAUGUGAAUCGUGUUUGCAUGAAAUGGAAUCACCGACAAGACCUAAAAUGAGCCCAAGCAAUCAAAGCGUAAUUAGGCCCAGCCCGUCUCAAAUAAUCAGGACCAUCACAACGUCAGGUCUGAUCACGAUCAAAACGGCUGGAUCCAAAAUUGACUCCUACAGUGCAUCGGCAGAGGGAUCUCCAACCAAUCAGUGCGAUGAAAAUGAAUUAAUUGAAAGAUGCGAGCCAGACAACGACGAGGAAAGCUGCGACUCUCCGCUCGGUAUUCCUCCAGAGAAGGACAUAAACAGCGAUCAGACAGCUGCGAAAAACCUCUCGGUCUACUCAAACAUGGUGGAAAACGGGAAGGAAAGCAAAGGAGAGAUGAUGGAAACGACGAAAAACGACGAGCAAACCUACUACCUAAAGGACGAAGCAUCCUCAACCGGCAAAGGCCCCAACGGGGAUCCAGACGGAGACGCAAAGUUCAACGACUACGAUGAAAAUAUGGGGAACAGCGAGAUGAAAGAAGACACCGUGGAAAACUAUAAGGAACCCACGGCAGAGACGCAGGAAGAAGAGAAGUUCAUCGGCGAGCCCAGUCACCAAAUGGAGGGUGAAUCGGGGGAGCAGUACACCAACUACCCCAUCAAAUUCACCCCCACGGCGAAAAUCAGGCCGACCGAGCAGGGAGAGUUCCACGAGCAGCAACACAGUCACCAACCAUCGCAACAGCACAGUCAUCAACACGAGCAGUACUCGGACUUCAAGAACCAGAUCCUGUACUCGCCGCUCAACGGUGAGGAGAUACACGCGACGACGGACUUUUCGACUGCGGCCAGCAUCCUCAGGUCCAACCCGGAGCGGAUCAACAUCCACACGACGGCGGCAUCAACACCGACCACGUCCUCGAAAACGGACGAGCAGCAACAGACGCAACACCUCAUGGAGCGACAGGUCAAGCUGGGCGACAACAACUCGAACUACGCCGUGUUAGAGUCGACCAAUAGUAUGGAGUACACGAAUUACGAGAAUCAGAAUGUUACCUACACGUCGUCGCCGUCCCAUUUCUACCACCACCAUAACCAUAACCACCAUCAUCAUUCCAUACACAAUAUCGGGUAUCCCGGGGAGGGGAAGAACGUCAACAUGCACGGCAACGAGCAUAACGACAACUCCUCGGCCAUCUACUCGAUGAAGAUCAGCAAUCCGGAGCACAAUAUCAUCAGUGUCAAUAACUCGCGGUACCUCCAGAACUUCGAUGAGGUCAAUUCUCAGGUCACCUUAUACAGUCCCACGGGGACGAACUUCAUCACGAAAUCCUCGGGGAACAGCAACGAAAACAUGAACCAUGACUCGUACUGGAACAACAACAGCUCGAACAACACGAGCAGCGGGAGCAACAACAACCACCACAACAACAGCGGCGCCAACAGCGUGAACGGACAUGAAUCCGCCGAGUCGCCGGGCGUCAUCGAUUACGUCACCGCGGGAGGGGCGCAGUCCUCCUCCGGGUUCCCGGUCUCCAUCGCCGGGAACCUCCCCGUCAUGUCCAUCGAGGCCAUGGUCCCCAACAACGGGAACAGCAUCCACAUCUCCGCCAACGGGACCCCCUACGCCGUCUUCGGACACAAUUCCUCGUCCAACUGGAUCGGCGAAUAUGACCCGAAUGGAAUGUUUGGAAUGGAUAACAUCAAGGAAUGUGUAAACUGCGCAGCGAGCACCACUCCUCUGUGGCGAAGAGAUGGCACGGGACAUCAUCUGUGUAAUGCAUGCGGUCUGUACAAUAGAAUAAAUGGUGUGAAUCGACCUCCAAUCAGAACAAGUCAGAAAAAAAUUGCGCAGCAAACGGGUAACAGACGGUCUGGAGUUUCAUGCGCUAACUGUAGCACGACUACAACCACUCUAUGGCGAAGGAACAACAAUGGAGAACCUGUUUGCAAUGCAUGCGGUCUUUACUUCAAGCUGCAUAACAUAAAUAGACCACUGACCAUGAAAAAGGACGGUAUCCAAACAAGGAAGAGGAAACCGAAAAAUCAUGGCGGCAGCAUGUCUCCAGGAGGUCCUGGCAAACACGAUCACAAACUAGGAAUCCAUGAAAAACUAGGAAUGUACAGUCCAGACUGUAAGCAACACUACAUUGAUGCUGGGAACGAACACUACCUGCCGCAAGCUCCCUUGCUACUCCCUCCAAACAUGCUGAGUAAUCGCCAGAUAGCCAAUGUUCCUCCUCUCGAGCCAAUCGGAUCCCGACCUGAUCUCUUGACCAGUGUAAUCACCUCCACUGCGGCAAGUCAUGAUCGGGGCAACUGAUAUCCAGCCAACGCUUUCUUCUAAUUUUCUCUUUUCGAAGGGAGCUUUUCAUUUCGUCCUAUUUUUAGGUAAUACCCAUUGUUUUAGUUGUUACCUAUCUUUGCCUCUACAGGUUUUUUUUUUUUCAUUUUUUCCCGUAAUUAUUAUUUUAAUUGUCACUCGUAUACGUACUUUCAGUCCGAAGUAUGUAGCCAUCAAAACCUUCUAGCUAGUAAGGUUGGUAAGGGUUACCUGAUUUCUUGACGAGUAAUCUAGUGUACUUAAUAUUUUUCCUUUUUUAUGGUAUUGAUUUCAUUCAUGAAUUAUAUUUCAAUGUUUAAAAAUCACUGACUAAAACACUUUCAGUUUAUAUACCUGGAUUAAAAUGAGCAGACUAUUUGUUUCAUAUCCGUCCUCAAUCACUUGAAUUUACAUGGACUGGCACUUUUUGUGUUCUUAAUACUUUUAAAUCAGAUUGAUGUUUUAUUUUAUGUAUGAGCUUGUUUUAUUUUCUGAGGAGGAAGUUUUAUUGGAUUGUAAUUUAUGAUAUACUAAAAGGCAAGAGUUUUAGUCAAAUGAAGUAUUACACUUUUUUUAAAUUUAAUUUAACUGCCCUUGUGGUACUGUACAAAUCUCUUAUUGGUGCCUUUGUACUUACGUAUUAUUUUCUUUUGUUUCAACUAUUGUAAGUAUCCAAGAAUCAAUAUUGAUAGCAUUAUCAUAGCAAUAAGACUUGAUAACAGUCAUGAUGAGUGUCUCAUAGUCAGAAUGAAAACUAACUUUAGGUAGGUACUUAAGAAUUUAUUCUUUUUUCUUUUGUGAAUACUGAUGAGAGUCCUUACUUAAGUUUUAGCAUAAGAUAUUUUUCAGGUUUCGUUUCUAUUUUCUCUCAAGGAUGCAUCUAAUAAUGAAAUAAAGAUAGUCACUGUUUUGUAAAUAAA